AUUCUGAUUUACCGAAUUACAUAUACAAGUUGUGGGAUGUCGGGUAGAGUCGUCUGAUACAAAGGAGCGACUUGUCUUUCUUGAAUUGGGUCUGUCUGGGAAGACUAACCUCGUCUGAGAAUCAUGUCUGGAAAAGUCGUUCUAGUGACUGGCUGUUCAAAAGGCGGGAUCGGCUUCUAUUUAUGUGAACGCUUUUCUGAGCAGGGAUGUAUCGUGUAUGCCACAUCUCGCAGGCUGGAGACGAUGGACGGCUUCAAACAUCCAGUGCAAAAGCGCGUCGUGGAUGUGACUAGCGAUGAUGAUGUAAAACUCGUCGUAAGUCUAUAUCUGGAAGAACAGGGGAAGAUCGACAUCGUCGUGAACAAUGCUGGUGCUAUUGCAAUCGGACCAUUGCUUGAUGUGUCCUUGGAUCAGGCUAGAAAAGCCUUUGAGACCAACACGUAUUCAGUCUUGCGGGUUGCACAGGCAGUUGCACCUUCCAUGGUGGAACGCAAGCAAGGGCUUAUCGUCAACAUUGGUUCAGUUGCAGGAAACAUCGCUACGCCAUGGAAUGGAUUAUACUCUGCAGCCAAGGCAGCAGUUCGCGCGCUCAGUGAUGUUUUGGCCAUGGAAUGCAAGCCCUUCGGUGUUAAAGUGAUGUUGGUAGCACCAGGUCAAGUUCGGUCAAAUAUCACAGCUAACCAGGCAGCCACCUUGGAAUUAUCCCCCACGUCCAUCUAUAAGCCCUACUUCGAUCGGGUGUACGAACGCCUGAAUGGCAGUCAAGCCGAAGGGAGCAUGGAUACCGAUGAAUUUGCACGCCGUGUGGUUGCAAAAGUGCUCAGUCCCAAUCCCCCAAGUUACAUGACACUGGGGGGCAAGUCUCGUAUUUUCGGAUUCUUCCAUUGGCUCCCUCAUUGGCUUGUCCUCUGGAUUGUGGGAUCGAUGAUGGUACAGAGGAAGAUCUGAACUAUCUACGUAGCCACCGUAUACCAUCUCAUUUGCCAUGGAAGAACCAAUGGGCGGUCGCAGAUGUCCAUGAAGGCAUGUUCUGUAGGAUGAUACGAGCUAAUCAUGUGGCAAUUGCUAGACUGCACCAGCUCUCUCUCUAUUUCCCCCUUUCUUCUUUUUUCGGGAUUUGCCCUCGACAUUAGCAAUCUCUCGUAUUUUUUUGUUGACAUGUCCGUUUACCGUAGAUUCGAGACCAA